CAAUCACAGGGACAGGAAGUGCAGGGAAACAGAGGACACGAGAGACGGGGACUUAAAUAAAACAGGAAACACGACACAUAACUACAGAUCCUGACACACAGACCCAUUUUAUUAGCCUAGUUCCAGCUUUAAGAGCAAACAGCCUCAGCUCCAGAGAUAAGAGCCAUUGCACAUGACAAAUUGAAGGCAAAGUAAACAUAGAGAUUUGCAGGUGUGCUAUUCUUUUCAUAGAAAAUGAAUCUAUUCAGUAACCAGUGUUAGAUGACCUGUCUUUACCGUGAGAAUAGAUACUUUCUCAUAUUGUUCAAGGAUCAACACUGAUGUUGUGAUCUUAGCAUUGUGUCGUCAUUCUGGUAUAACAUCUAUCCUGUAAUCCAGCCUGCAGGUGGGUAAGCAAUACAGAAACUCAUGUCUUUAUCAUUUUGAUGAUAACAUAACUCCAUAAUGACAGCUGGAGAUGUCAUCAAUUGAACCAAAUUAGUUGAGGGUGCAGUGCAAUAAAAGCAUCAGAUACUAACAUUCAGCCUAUAGGGCAGGAUCAAAUAUCUUGAAUGUAUUGAAUCCCAAACUUCCUGAACCUGAGGGCACAGUCAGCAACGUGAACACGAUAACUGUAGCCAAGCCGUAAACUGCUGCUCCGCUCUCUGAUCUGGUGUCCAAAGGGCAGACAGAAUGCAGUGGUGCCGUAAGAACAAAGUGUGCUCUUGUUAUUGCUGAAAGAGAGUCCAAACACAACCAUGGCGGAAAACGAGGAGUCGGGAAAGCCUGUGGAGAGGAGAGGGCAAUUAACAGUGGUGCUGGUGUUGGCAACGCUCAUAUCUGCAUUUGGCUCAUCAUUCCAGUAUGGUUAUAAUGUGGCUGUGAUCAACUCUCCAUCACCGUUCAUGCAGCAGUUCUAUAACACCACCUACAUGGAGCGUUACGGCCGACCGAUGGAGGAGAACUUCCUAACUCUGCUGUGGUCUCUCUCUGUGUCCAUGUACCCGCUAGGAGGCUUCUUUGGCUCCUUGAUGGUGGCCCCUCUGGUCAACAAACUAGGGAGGAAGGGCACCCUCCUCUUCAACAACAUCUUCUCAAUCGCGCCCGCUGUGAUGAUGGGAGUCAGUGAGAUUGCCAGGUCGUAUGAGAUCAUCAUUGUGGCUAGGUUUAUAGUGGGCAUCUGUGCAGGUCUCUCAUCAAACGUGGUUCCCAUGUAUCUGGGAGAACUUGCUCCCAAAAACCUGAGGGGAGCCCUUGGCAUCAUCCCACAGCUCUUCAUCACCAUUGGCAUCCUUAGUGCACAAGUGCUGGGCAUGAGACACAUCCUGGGCAACACCACAGGUUGGACCCUCAUGCUGGGUGUGACCGGUAUCCCCGCCCUGAUAGAGCUCCUGCUGCUGCCCUUCUUCCCAGAGAGCCCCAGGUACAUGCUCAUCCAAAGAGGAGAUGAGGAGACAGCAAAGAAAGUGCUACAGCGUCUGCGUGGCAUGGAAGACGUAAAUGCAGAGCUUUCGGAGAUACGUCUGGAGGGCCAGUCGGAGAGGGCCGAGGGACACCUGUCGGUGCUCAGCCUGCUGUCCCAGCGCUCCCUUCGCUGGCAGCUGGUCUCCAUCAUCGUCAUGAACAUGGGCCAGCAGCUGUCGGGGGUCAAUGCGAUCUACUACUAUGCAGAUAGCAUAUAUGCCAGUGCAGGAGUCCAGCAGAAUGAUAUCCAGUACGUCACUGUGGGAACAGGUGCAGUGAAUGUCUUCAUGACCAUAGCUGCUGUCUUCAUCGUGGAGGCCUCGGGACGGCGGCUGCUCCUCCUCUGUGGGUUUGGGAUCUGCUGUGUAGCCUGUGUGCUGCUCACUGUCGCACUCAUCUUCCAGGACAGCGUGACAUGGAUGCCCUACAUAAGCAUCUCCUGUGUCAUCAUCUACGUCAUAGGACACGCCAUAGGACCCAGUCCCAUUCCUUAUGUGGUGACUACUGAGAUGUUCAGGCAGUCGGCCAGGCCUGCUGCCUUCAUGGUCGCAGGCUCCGUCCACUGGCUCUCCAACUUCACAGUUGGCCUCGUCUUCCCCUUCCUAGAGAGAGGUCUGGGCUCCUACAGCUUUAUCAUUUUUUCCUUCAUCUGUUUGGUCACGCUGAUCUACAUCUGGCUGGUGGUCCCUGAGACAAAGAACAAAACCUUCCUGGAGAUAUGCCAGAUGUUCGCCAAGAGGAACAAAGUGGAGAUCCAACUGGGUGAUGGGGAUCUGCCGCUGAAAGAGAGCAAAGAAAGCCUGGAGGAUGCAGGAAGGGUCACGGCCUUCUGAAGGAAAAUGAGAGCAUUCAGAGGAGAGGAAGUCUUCACUCUGGGGAGGAUGGUAAUGGACUGGAAAUAUCUUAUUUUAGCCUCUAUUUUCUAUUUCACAAGGACUCUUUACAUAAUCGCUUUGUGUAUUGUUUGUCUGUGUGGCUAUAAGAUCUUAAAUAUAGUGAAACUUGAUGUGUGCACUAAACGCAGCCUCAUAGAGGUGUGAAUGGGUCAUUGUGUCAAUAAACAAACCAA